AUGCUCGGUGAUGUUUCUGCUGUUCUUAGAGUAUUGAAAAAUGCACCCGAUCAUGGUCAAACAAUAUUAUCAUUGACACGUGGUGAUCCACAUAAUUUAGGUGGUCCUGGUAGUAGUGGUGAUAAAACUGGAACAAUUAAAGCAAAAUUAAAAGAUCUUAUUAGUCAAAUAAAUGGUUCCAGCGAUAGUUCAUUAUUUAUAUUUUCAAAAACAAAUUGGAUAAGAAAACGAGCAACGGCAUUUAUUGAAUGGAAUCCAUUUGAGUAUAUGGUAUUAUUAACUAUUAUAGCAAAUUGUAUUGUACUUGCAUUAGAAGAACAUUUACCAAAAGAAGAUAAAUCAACGUUAGCCAAAUCAUUGGAAAAAACUGAGGUUUAUUUUAUUGCAAUAUUUUGUUUUGAAGCAGGAUUAAAAAUUAUCGCAUUAGGAUUUGUUUUACAUCGUGGAUCAUAUUUAAGAAGUUUGUGGAAUAUAAUGGAUUUUGUUGUAGUAGUUACGGGUUUAACAACAAUAAGUAUUAAAAAAAGUAGUUCAUUUGAUCUUCGUACAUUGCGAGCUGUACGAGUGUUAAGACCAUUAAAAUUAGUAUCCGGCAUUCCAAGUCUUCAAGUUGUUUUAAAAUCUAUUCUUAAAGCCAUGGCUCCCCUAUUUCAGAUAGCUUUAUUGGUGCUAUUUGCCAUUGUUAUUUUUGCUAUUAUUGGUUUAGAACUUUAUAACGGUGUUUUUCAUACAACAUGCUUCUACGUGAACAAACCAGCCAAAGAUGACAGUGAAGAAUUAAUGUAUAAACAAGGUGAUGAUCAAAAACCUAUUCCAUGUGGCCUACCAGGUGUUUACACUUGUACUGUUCCAAAUGAAACAUUGGUAUGUCGUGAACAUUGGGAAGGUCCAAAUAAAGGCAUAACAAGUUUUGAUAAUAUUGGAUAUGCAAUGUUAACAGUUUUUCAAUGUAUUACCAUGGAAGGAUGGACACAAAUACUCUAUUGGACGAAUGAUGCUGUUGGAACUUAUUUCAAUUGGUUAUAUUUUAUUCCAUUAAUUAUACUUGGCUCAUUUUUUAUGCUCAAUCUAGUUCUUGGUGUUCUUAGUGGAGAAUUUGCGAAAGAACGUGAACGUGUGGAAAAUCGUCGUGCCUUUUUAAAAAUUCGACGUCAACAACAAAUUGAACGUGAAUAUAAUAAUUAUAUUGAAUGGAUAAAUAGAGCAGAAGAUGUUAUAUUGAAUGAAGAACGAACAACGGAACAAGAGCGUCGUGCCAUAUUAGAAGCUCGUAAAUAUGCCGCUUUAAAGAAAAUUAGACAUGGCCGAACAGGAAAACAACACAGCGUCGAUGAUGACGAUGAAGACAUUGAUUCAGCAUUCCAUCGUGCACGUGGUGUCGAUUCAGAACGACCAGAUCGUACGCGGAGUGUAAUGAGAAAAUGUUGGUUUCGUCAACGAGUUUUAAGAAGUAGAAUUCGCUUAUUAGUUAAAACACAAGUUUUCUAUUGGACUGUGAUAGUUUUGGUAUUUUUAAAUACUGUCUGUGUAGCAAUUGAACACCAUUCCCAACCAGAAUUUUUGACCUCAUUUUUAUAUUAUGCUGAAUUUUUAUUUCUCGGAUUAUUUAUAUUUGAAAUGCUGCUUAAAAUGUUUGGUCUAGGUGUUUCACAAUAUUUUGCCUCAUCGUUUAAUAUAUUUGAUUUUGUUGUUAUUGUUGGUUCAAUAUUUGAAGUGAUAUGGUCAGCAUUUAAAACAGAUGAAUCAUUUGGAAUAUCAGUGCUACGUUCAUUACGAUUAUUGAGAAUAUUUAAAGUGACACGACAUUGGGCAUCAUUAAGAAAUCUUGUUGUAUCAUUACUCAGUAGUAUGCGUUCAAUUGUGUCGUUAUUAUUUCUGCUAUUCUUAUUUAUUUUGAUAUUUGCCUUACUGGGAAUGCAAUUGUUUGGCGGAGAGUUUAAUUUUGAAGAUGAAACACCAUUACAAAACUUUAAUAAAUUCGCUACAGCAUUGAUCACUGUAUUUCAAAUUUUAACUGGUGAAGAUUGGAAUGAAAUAAUGUACAAUGAUACACUAUUGAAUGUGUUUUUGGCCAUUGCUGUUGAUAAUUUAGCAAAUGCGCAUGAAUUAACAAAAGAUGAAGAAGAAGAAGCAGCGGCUGAAGAAGAAAAACGUGAACGAGAAGCUAAAGAUGCUGAAUCUAUGUUUAAAAUGGGCGGUGGUUCGACACAACCGGCAAUGCCAUCGUCAAAUACACCAGUUAAACAAACGCAUGCCAAUGCGAAUGGUCAUCCAACAACAUCCACUAACAAAAAUAAAAAACCGGAAAUGUUAGAACAUAAUAAUUUACAACAAACUGUCAAGCAUGAUUAUACUGAAAAUGUUAUUAAGCAAGUACUCGACACUCAUGAAACUAAAGAACAACCAUCUUACUUGGAUAAACAAUUAUUUGAAAAAACAAAUUUAGAUAAUAUACCAGGAUUAGACUAUGAAUUUGCACCACUUUAUUUACCAUCAACACUUGACAAACUACCGUCCAAGGAUGAUAAUACUCUUGAUAAGAAACAACUUGAUAAAAUAAAACAAGAGAAAGCGGAUGAAAAGAAAAAAGAAGAGGAAAAAGCUCAAAUUGUUGCCAAACCCGUAUUACCAUUUAGUUCAAUGUUUAUAUUUAGCUCAACAAAUCCUGUACGGCGAUUUUGUCAUUUUAUAGUUAAUCUACGUUAUUUUGAUACAUUUAUUAUGUUAGUUAUUUGUCUAAGUUCAAUAUCAUUAGCCGCCGAAGAUCCUGUUCAUGAACUUUCAUUCAGAAAUAAAAUAUUAAAUUAUUUAGAUUAUGUAUUCACAGGCGUUUUUACCAUUGAACUUAUACUCAAAGUAAUUGAUUUAGGCAUUGUUUUUCAUCCGGGUGCCUAUUGUCGAGAUGUAUGGAAUAUUCUUGAUGCACUUGUUGUUAUAUGUGCACUUGUGGCAUUUGGAUUUACAGAAAAUGGUGCUGGUAAAAAUUUGAAUACAAUUAAAUCUCUUCGUGUACUACGUGUAUUACGACCAUUAAAAACAAUUAAUCGUGUACCAAAACUAAAAGCGGUAUUCGAUUGUGUUAUAACGUCAUUGAGUAAUGUGUUAACAAUAUUGAUUGUAUAUAUGUUAUUUCAAUUUAUAUUUGCUGUUAUGGCUGUACAAUUGUUUAAAGGAAAAUUUUAUCAUUGUUCAGAUAAAUCAAAACUAAAUGAAGUUGAUUGCAAGGGGUGGUAUUUUAAUUUUGGUAGUGGUAAAACAAAACCAGAAAAAAAAGAGAGAACAUGGGAACCAUACGAAUUUACAUAUGAUAGUGUACCAUCUGCCAUAUUAACAUUAUUCACCGUUCAAACUGGUGAAGGCUGGCCAACAGUUCUUCAACAUUCCAUUGAUGCUACAGGUGUUCGAUUGGGUCCUCGUCCAGGAAAUCGUUUAGAAGUUGCUUUAUUUUAUGUUAUCUAUUUUAUUGUCUUUCCAUUUUUUUUCGUCAACAUAUUUGUUGCUUUAAUUAUUAUAACAUUUCAAGAUCAAGGUCAAAAAGAAUUAGAAGAAGCAGAAAUUAAUAAAAACCAGAAAUCUUGUAUUGAUUUUACACUCAACGCCAAACCUAUUCAACGGUUUAAACCCAAAAAAGAAAGUUCUUUACGUUAUCGCAUAUGGCAAUUAGUCGUAUCAACUUAUUUUGAAUAUUUUAUUAUGGUUAUGAUAGCGUUAAACACGUUUGUAUUGAUGAUGAAAUACUACAAAAGUCCAACUACGUACAAUGAUGUUCUAACAUAUUUAAAUACAACAUUUACUGCACUAUUUACUAUUGAAAGUAUAUUGAAAAUCAUUGCAUUUGGAUUGAGACUUAGUUCAGCUCGUGGUAAUGUGGUCGCACGUCCCGGACCUCAUAAGCACAAAAAUAGUUUAUUAAAUCUUGGCUUUCUUCGAUUAUUUCGUGCAGCAAGAUUAAUAAAACUAUUACGACAAGGUUAUACAAUUCGUAUCUUAUUAUGGACAUUUAUGCAAUCAUUUAAGGCUCUACCAUACGUUUGUCUAUUAAUUGCUAUGCUAUUUUUUAUCUAUGCAAUUAUUGGCAUGCAGGUUUUUGGUAAUGUCAAUUAUGAUACACCAAACAGAGAAAUUAAUCGUCACAAUAAUUUUGCAAAUUUUUUUCAUGCAUUAUUAUUAUUAUUCAGGUGUGCAACUGGCGAAGGAUGGCAAAGUGUUAUGUUAGCGUGUAAAGCGAACGCUGAAUGUCAACCACAAUCAAAUGAUCGAUCGCACAAACAACGAUUCGAAUGUGGAUCAAAUUUUGCCUAUGUUUACUUUUGUUCAUUUGUAUUUUUAUCAUCAUUUCUGAUGUUGAAUUUAUUUGUCGCCGUUAUUAUGGAUAAUUUUGAUUAUUUAACUCGUGAUUCAUCCAUUCUCGGUGCACAUCAUCUUGAUGAAUUUUUAAGGGCAUGGUCAGAAUAUGAUUCAGAUGGAACUGGUAGAAUUGAAUAUAUGAAAAUGUUUGAAAUGUUGAGAUUAAUGAGUCCACCAGUUGGUUUUGGUACAAAAUGUCCAUCAAAACUUGCUUAUAAACGUCUUAUAAGAAUGAAUAUGCCUAUUGAUGAUCAAAAACGUGUUCAUUUUACUACAACAUUAUUUGCACUUAUACGUGAAUCACUUGGAAUCAAAAUGAGAACGAUUGCUGAUGAAAUGGAUGAAGCUGACGAAGAAUUGAGACAAGUUUUAAUGAAAGUUUGGCCAAAUGAAUCGAAAAGAGUGGUGAAAAUUGAUAAUAUAGAAAAGCCACUUUUAGAUUUACUAGUUCCACCACCGGCGGAACUUCAUGGUAUACCAGGACAUCCCAAACUUACAGUGGGUAAAGUAUAUGCUAUAUGGUUAAUCGUAGACAAUUGGAGAUUAUACAAACAAGUGCAAAGUGGUAUUCCUGUACAAAAGCCGGGUUUAUUUGAUGGUCUUUUAUUUGCAAUGAAACAUCGGGAACAGUCAAGAGAAGGUGUGAAUGAUGGUGAUCAUGAUAUAAAUGGACCUAAACGAGGUGGAAGUUUUCGACGAACAGGCUCUAACAAAUCAGCUUCGAAUUUUGACAGUUUGUUUAGUAAAAAGAAUAAAGUAGGUAAUAGGCGACCAAGUGGUGACAAUGCGUUUUUAUCAAUUGCGAAUGCAAUGAGACCAUCACCAUCUGCACACUCGCAUAUUAGCGCGACUAAUAUUGAUGAUAAACGAAAAGAUGAACCACAAUAUGGAAAAACAUUGAAUGUACCAGACAAUGUUAUUCGCUCAUUACCAAUAACUCCUCCACAAUCAAACGAUCAUGCAAAUACUCAUCCAAAUAUUCGACCAGCGAUCAUGACAACGCCCGGAACCAGUCGUUUGCAAUCAGCUACUAAUAACAGUAAACUAAUGACGAAUGAACUCUUGCAGGAAAGUACUCCUAUUUUAAAUCAAACGGCACCUGCCUUUAAACCACCACCAAAUAGGUUGCCUUAUAUACAGUCAUCAACUACAGUUCCACAAACAUUACCGUAUUCAGGAGGAGAUUCUUCACCCGUUUAUCAACGCUUUCCUGCACCUGUUAACAUGAGACCCUUUCGACCAAAUCAUCCAGUUUUAUGGCAAGAAUCGAGUAUGAGUUCUCCUGAAGUUGACUAUAUGAAUAGAGGACAACAAUAUUUCUUAACUCGUCCACCAAAUCAGGAGCAGCAUUUGUCACAUGAAAUCGUUCAUGAAAAACAAAAUCGACAUCGUGCAUGUCCUCAAACUCAAACAAUGAAACAAUUUAACGAAACAAAUGCUGAAAGUAGUUUAAAUUCAGAUUAUACUCGUUCAUCUCCUCGUCCAACUACAACAUCGCACGGUGAAGAGGAGAAUGAUAGUCCUGAUAGUUAUGUUUAUCCUCAACCUCGACCUCGUCCUCCAUCUACAAUGAUUACUACAGCCUAUAAUGCAACAAAUAUUCCACUAACAACUGUGAUGUCUAGUGGACGAAAGUUGCCAUUGAAUGGUAAUGGUGAAAGACGAACAAAUCCGAAUAGAAGUCCAAAAUUGAAACAAAAAAAGAUUUCCCUCGAUAAGACCGAUACUAGACGACAUCCAUUGCCUAUCACUGACGAAGUGAUGACAGAUAUUCGAGAUACGAACAAAAAUGGACGUUCAAAGGGACGACCGUCAAGAACUUCUAGAGUCAUUUUAUUGUAUAACACUGGACAAAAUGGUGAUGGAUUUUCCUCAUUGGAACAAAAAACUCCUUUGCUAAAUGAAAAUGAUUCAAUUGACUCAAAACACUUGCCGGAUGAACUUUGUCAUCGGACUAGUCCACAUUCUCCACAUGAACGUGACGAUAUUCAUCCAUCAUCUACCAGAUUGUCUAGUCCUUCAUCGGAUACACUUCCUAGUCCGAACGAUCAACCAGUUUCAACGUCAUUAUUAAUCAAGAGUCGUAGUCCAUCAUCAUCACCAUCUAGAUCACAACGUAAUAUAAACACAUCGAUGAGAACAUUACCGGUACUUCCUCCUCGUUCACGAUCCCCAUCGAUUAUUUCACCGUCAGCGUUGACACAAUCACAAGUACCAAAAAGUUUAUCAACAAAUUUACUUGAAGUUGAAAGAUCUUCUUACACAUUUCCUCGUCUAAAUGAAUCGCCGUCUCAUCAUCAGCUAAAUAAUAAUGAUAAUAAUAAAAAAACUACAUUUAUUCAACGACGUGAAUCAACAACACCGUUUAAAAAUGAGUUGUUUUAUUAUCAAGAUUCGGACGAUGAUUCGAACGAUGAUGAAAUUGAUGAAUCGGAUACACAGUCUUAA